AUAUUUUUAAAAAAUUUAUAUGGACCCCACACCAUAGCCAGAAGUCUAAAAGGAGGAGAAAAAGCCAAACUAGAGCAGAGGAGAGAACAGAAAGAGAGAGCCUAAGCAAAAGUAACAGCAAGUUCAAUACGUCGUAAAGGGAGAGGAAGGUGCUGCAACUGAAGCAAAGAAGGAGACCUAAGAAUAGUAGGGUGAAUAGGGAGAGAAGCAAUAAAAGAAGAAGCAAAGAGAGGACAGAAAGCGACCUGAAUUCGACUGGGAUAAGACCAAGAUCACUCUUGAAAGUAAAGUACCAGAAUUGCCUGCUCAUCCUCCUUAAAAGCCAAGCAAAGAUGAUCAUUACAAAUAAUUGGAUAAGAUUAAUGAAGACAUCAGAAAGCAAUGGAAUCAUUUCAAUGAUUUUGUUAAAAAUGUUAAGGAGCAAUAAAAUUUGGCUAGACAAGGCAAUCAAGAUAAGUUCUAAAACGAAGUGAAACCAUUAGGAUAAGUGAUUGGAGAAAAGAUUAAAUUAGCCACCGAGAAAUCAUCAGAAUUGUAGAAAAUGAAGAGUGAGAAUGAUGAAAUCAAAAUUCAAAUCAACAAACUCUUUAAUUAAUCAUAAGAAUACAGAUAAAAGAUGAAGAGUUUAGAUGAUCCCGACAGAAUCAUCGAUGAAUUGGCUAGAUUGAAGGAAUCACUCUAAUAAGAUAAGUUGAGUGCAAAUGAAGAAAAGAGAAUUGUACAAUAAAUAAGUGCUUUGGAAAGAUCACUUCCAUACAUUGAGCCAUUGUAAAAGUUGGAGAAGGAAUAGAAAGUUCUUAGAACUAAAUCAGCAGCUAUUGGAAAGGCUAUGAGUGUUCUAUAUUAAAGCAUUCAAGAGUUGAAUGGAGAAAUUGGCAAAUACAAGUCUGAUUAUGACAAGUUGAAGGAUAGUACAAAGGAUUCUGUUGUUGCUAAAUAAAAUCCUCUUAUUGACAAGGAAAGACAAAUCAUUGAAACCAAAGUUUAGGAAUUGAAAGACAGAAAGGAAAAAUUGAAGAAGGAUUACAAUAAUGCUUGGGAUAAAUAUGAAGAUUUUGAAGAUUUGGAAAGGUACAGAGAAUGGUUCUUAAAACAACUCAACAGAAUCAAGAAAGAUUCUGAGAGAAAGAAGAGGGAAGAAGAAAGAAAGAAAAGAGAAGAAGCUAGAGCAAAAAGAGAAGCUGACAGAGAAGCAGAAGAGAAGGCUGAAGCUGAAGCCAAGGCAAAAGAAUUAGAAAAUGUCAAUCCAUUCUAAUAUUAAGUUGAUCUUUGCGAUACAUUGAUCACCUAUUUGAAUAAACUUAAACCCACUGCUGCCUAAUAACAAGCCCAAUAAUAAAAAUAAAUAGAUGUUGAAUAAGUUUUAAAGAGUGACGAUUGGAAGAAAGAGAAAUG